AUAUUUAGCUAUGCAAUUUGCAUUAGUGAAAGGUCAAAAGACAAAUCCGUCGCUAGCUGCCAAGAUCUUGCGAAGGAAAUAUGGAUGGAAAUACAGACUUUUCUGGCGUUUCGGAUGAAUGCACGGCAGAAUACAUUCUCAGUAAUGUGGCAGAAGUAGUGGAGAGAAUUUUGAUGUUUGUACCAACCAAAUCCCUGCUCCAAAUUGCUUGUGUUUGCAGACUGUGGAUGAACUGUGCACGGAGAGUACUGAGGGUCCAGCAGAAGUUGACGUGGGUGUCUGCCUCUGGACCGUCCAACUAUGACGGCCAUGCUCUCUGCCACAGCCUGGCUGAAGAAGUGGAGAAUGUAUACCUGCUGCCCAAAACAGUCUUGGUUAUGGUGGACAGCGAUACCUUCAGUGGACAAGACUCUUGCUACAAGCAGAAAAAGGCACGCAAGACCCACCACAGUCCAGACUCAGUGGAGGAACUGAACAAGCUGUUCCCCAAUGGAUGUGACAUCAUGGCCAUCGCCACGCCUGGUGUUGUUUUAACUCCCAGUGGCUCCCACUCGGGUCCACCGAAGGAGUUCCAAGAAGGAGAAGCUGGCUAUGCUAUCAUGUUCCCUAGGAUGGAGGGAGUGGACAUCCGCCCCUUUCACUUCUGCAAACGCACCAUCUCAGAGUCACACCUGGAGGAAGCAGGGCUGGUGAAUAACCCUGAUCUGCGUGUGGUGCUGCUCUUUGGCUAUGAAGCCUACAAACCCGGAGCAGCCCGCUUCCUUAACCAGGUCCUGGAGCCUUUGGCACGCAGCAAGGCUCUCAUCGCUGGGGGCCAUGUGGAGAAUGUCUUCUCCCCUGAAAGAGAGUGCUGUGGCCGGGGGUCGUACGGCGUGGUGGGUCUGGCUCUGAGCGGUCCAAGGAUCCAGGGGGCCAGUGUUCUCCUGGAGCAGGACGUGAGCAGCCCCAAGGCUGCCGAGGCCACCAUACGGAGACUGAAAGCCGCCAACCUCCCAGAGAGGAACACCCUGGGCUUCAUGUUUGCCUGCGUGGGCCGCGGACACAACUAUUACAACAACCAACGUAACGUGGAGGCUGACACCUUCCGCAAGGUGUUCCCCAACAUCCCACUGUUUGGCUUCUUUGGUAACGGGGAGAUUGGGUGUGAUCGUAUCGUGAAGGAGGACUAUACUCUGUGUGACACGGAUACGGACAGUCUGCAGCAUGGAUACACCACUGUUAUGACCCUAGUUCACCUUGGCUGAGGAGUCGAUGGUCAUAUUUACAUUCAAACUACAGUUUGUUUUGUUCACUUCAUGUUCCUAUUGAUUAGGUACAAAACAGAAGAAAACCGGAAGAAGCAGAGAGGUACUAUCAUAACUAGUCCAAUAAGAAACACCCGUUUUACGUUGCAAAAUGUUUUGAAAUGGCGUGCCCUAAUGAAUACAACCCGGGUGUCUAGUUCAGAAGACUGCCUGUGCACGUAACAAUCAGGAUCAACAACAUUUUGGUUGUAGAAUCUUAUCUCUCAGCCAUGGUGGUAUGUGAUGCUGUUUGAAGUGGCUUACAACAUGUACAUGUCUUUCUUUUUGUUGUGUUCAACUUUUCCCAAUGUAAAGUUUUAACUUUGUCAAUUUUGGAAGGGAAAUGCAAUGUUUUAUCUGCUGCAAUAGAGGUAAAUAGUUACUUGAUCAUGCAUUGAUCAGUUUGAAACUUGAAUAGGAAAUAUUGCUGAUAUGUUAGUGAGUUUAACAAGGUGCUGAUGGGAAUCAGAGAAGAAAAUACUGUCCCUUCAUCUCAGUCCUUUGUUACAAAAUAAUACAGUGGACUUCCCCAUUUAAAACACAUAUAUAUUAUCCUGAAUUACUCACCAAAUGUUACGCUCAUAUUCAAAACAAAGAACUGAAACUAACUAACUAAUCUUGACCAGAUGGUUUCUUACACCUUAUAGUGAAAAGUUACUGACACUUCAUGUCCAAUUAACAAAUAUAAUUGUUAUUAAUUAUUAUAAAUAAUUGUUGAGAUUACCGAUCAGGCACUUUUUAGUUAAGAAGAUAAGGAAAGUAACAUGUUUUGAACCUUUGAGAAAAAUUCAGUUUGUCUUGAUUUCAAUGUUUUCUCCGGUAUGUGCUUUGACACAUGCCCCUCUUUUAGUGUUAGAUAUGGAGAAACCCUUUUUGAAAUGCAAUUAAAUCAAGGCCUAUUCCUCCUACCUUUAUAAGACUAUUUCACACACUGGGCAAUUCCACGAUAACAGAGUGAGGCUGAGACUCUGAUUUUUCACUUGAAAUUUUAUGUCAAACAGAAAGCAAUGAUUGCAAAGUUAAACCAACCAUACAACUCUAUGCAUAAGGAUGACUUUUAUAAAGACAUUUACUUGAAGAACAGAACAGUGAACAGUGGGGCGGCAGGUAGCCUAGUGGUUAGAGCGUUGGGCCAGUAACUGAAAUGUUGCUAGAUCGAAUCCCUGAGCUGACAAAGUAAAAAUCUGUUGUUCUGCCCCUGAACAAGGCACUAGGCCGUCAUUGUAAAUAAGAAUUUGUUCUUAACUGACGUGCCUAGUUAAAAAAAAAAAAGUUUAAGAUGAAGAGUUUGAUAACAGAAUGAGGCUUUGUGCUGUUAUUGUGGAAUUUACUCACUAGCUUCUAUUUACUCAUGGAUUCUGUGGUUUAGACAAAAUCUUUCUCUCUGUUGUGUCGUUCUUCAUAUUUGUUGCUUCAUUGGAGCUGAUGGUUUUAAAAUGUGUUAUUUUACGUGUUCUACUCCCAAACAGGGUAUUCCAGCCAUUAUAUGAUUGUGUGAUAAACAUACCAUGUACAAACAGUUUUGUAGUUGGGAUUCUGUACAAUAUUCUGCUUAAUUCAUUGAAUUUACGAACAUAUGAUUCUGAAGACAUUCCUGAUGACAGUAUUUGUUUUGUUUAUGAGGUAUGAAGGUAUGAACACAUGAGCAAUGUUUAGGAAGUUCAAAACAGUUCUUUGGAGAUGAAUGUGCAAUUUUACCAACCUAUAUGUUUGGCUAAAUGGUUUUGAUUGCAUCGUUUUUUUAUUUAGAAUAAGCUAUUUUAAGGUAUAACUUUUCAGUAUAGCCGGAUACUCUGUAAUGGGGGAAAUGUAAGAUCACUGUUCAUAGUUUUCUGUGACCUAACUUUUCCCAAAUAAUACUGUACACUCAACAGAGGUUUUCAUCUGGAUAACAAACUUAUUUUAAUAGCAGACAUAUUUUAGGAACAUGCAUCUUUGUUACCUUAUACACUUUCAUUAUGUUCAUUGUAGAGCUAAUGGGAUUAUUUUAAAAUUGUUCUUUAAAUCGUUUUCCCUGGAAUUAAUAUGAUGAGCAAAAUGUUUAAGGUGUACAAGCACUUUUCAACUAUGUGUGCCAAAUAUGUUUGAUUUAUUUCAAAUUCAAUACAUUUAAAUAAAUGACUGCCAUUGAAAUGUC